AUGUUGGCUCCAGCCUUUGGUGAGCUGGAUCAAGGAGUGACUGUUGGGAAAUACAUUGCUUCUUUUAUUCUGUUAUCUGAAUGGAUUCACAGUGGGAUCACACAGGCUGCGCUUUCUUUUAAGUGUAGUGUCUUUUGUUUGUUUUCAGUUGGGCCCAAAGGACGUGUUAUAAGUUAUGAAAUCAGAGAUGAUCAUCAUAAUUUAGCUAAGAAGAAUUACAGGCACUGGCGAACUGCAUGGGAAAUAGGACACAUGGACGAGUGGCCAGAUAACGUGGAUUUCGUUCUUAGAGACAUUUCCACAGCUGCUGCAGAUAUGAAAUCUGUAACACUUGACGCAAUAGUUCUGGAUAUGCUUAACCCUCAGUCUGCUCUGCCUGUUUUACACCCAAGCCUGAAACAGGGUGGUGUGUGCGCUGUGUAUUUAGCAAACAUCACACAGGUUAUUGACCUUUUAGACAGAAUACGGACCUGCAAGCUUCCUUUUCUGUGUGAAAGGAUUGUUGAGGUAACUCACAGAAACUGGUUAGUACUCCCUGCUAAAAUCAAGGAUUGCAAAUCAAGCCAAAUGGUGGAAACUCAAGAAAAUAUUGAAGAACCACCUCAAAAGGAAUAUGAAGAAAUGCACAUUGAGGAUCAAGCAGUUCUUAAAGAAAGCGAAUACAAUGGAUCACUUUCUGAUGAUGCUGAAACGUGUCGCUCAGUGCCUUACAUUGCUCGGCCAUCUUACUGGCAGGAAGGUCAUUCAGCAUUCCUUACCAAGCUGAGAAAGUUUCGGCCACUGCUUUCUUGAUGCUGCUGCUGCGUUAGCUGCUAAUUUGAAUAUUGUAUCAGAAUAAAAUAAAACAUUGCAAAGUAGCUGCU